AUGGCUUCACACUGGGAAGAAUUUUAUGCUACUCAUCUUCCUCCGACCGACUUUGAAGAUAACAGAAGUCUUUUAAAAGAAUUUUGUGAUAGACACAAAAAGACUGGACAAAGAAUUGUAUUAAUAACGUCUGGAGGCACUACAGUACCUCUUGAACACAAUACUGUGAGAUUUGUAGACAAUUUUAGUGCAGGCACUAGAGGAGCUGCCUCUGCUGAAUACUUUUUGGAACAUGGAUACACAGUCAUAUUCAUGCAUCGACUCAAGUCAUUGGAGCCCUACACCAGGCAUUUUAAUGGACAGAAACUUAUGGAUAUGCUCGAAUUACAUGAAAGAGGACCAAACACGUCGAUAACAGUGAAACCUGACAGUGUGGAUGUUUUGGCACCAGUAUUAGCCAGAUACAAAAAUGCCCAAGAGGGUGGCAGAAUUCUAUACAUAAACUUCACAACUGUUUCUGAUUAUUUUUGGUUACUACGUGCAGCUUGUGAAUGCCUUGCUAGCUUUGAAUCCUCAGCCCUCUUGUAUAUGGCAGCUGCAGUUUCUGACUUUUAUGUACCAUCUAAUCAAAUGCCUACUCAUAAAAUGCAGUCUGGAGCUGGAGUUCCUAAUAUACAACUACAAUUAGUGCCAAAAUUAUUAGCACCUUUGGUGAGUCUAUGGGUACCUCAUGCAUUUGUAGUAUCAUUUAAAUUAGAGACUGAUGAACAUAUACUGAUCCCAAAAGCUAGAGAGGCAUUAGCUAAAUAUAAACAUAAGUUGGUUAUUGGAAAUAUACUUCAAACUCGAAGCACCAGAGUCGUGUUCGUCACUCCUGACAAUAAUUUUGAGUUGGUGCUUACAAGAGAACAAAUGUUAAAUGGCAUAGAAAUCGAAGAUAUGAUUGUCUCAAACGUGAUAGCCAGCCAUUCGGAAUUCAUGAAAAGCCACAAAUAUUGAUGUAUCUAAACUUUACUAUGGAUCCUAUAUCGAGUUACAUAAGCUCAAGUAUUAAUGUUCGAUGUUCUUAACAGUGCGACUGGUCGAUAAGAAACUUUUAGAUAAUCAUUUUAUCAGGGUACUAUUGUCUUAGUUGAAUUUCGAAAACCAAGUUGUUGAUGUAAGGGAUUUGCUACCAAAAAAUGGGAACAAAAUUCUAAUUAUGCAUUUUUAGUAAUAUUAUGUCUUUGAUGUAGAAGAAAUAUUGUGGUAACUAACUAUUUUAUCUAAACUUGUAAGUAAAUUAAGAGCAACGCCUUUUCAAAACUAAAUUGUGUAAACAAGUUAAUUGCUUAUUUUAUAGAUGUGGGAAUGAUCAGAAUGAUUAAACACAAAAAACAAUAACUUAUUUACUUUAUGUUUUAGAAAGGUGAUGCAUAAAAGCCUUAAAUCAUGUGCGUCAUUCCUAUUAUUCCUGUUUUUAGACGAGCUCAUUUUGAUUCCAUGAAAACAAAUAUGAGCAUUUUAUUUCAAUAAAAUAAUUUACAUAUGUCAUGAUGUACAAAAAAAUGUAAGAUACUGUAAGAUUUAAAUGAUAUGUGGUUAUAUUAUGACCAAAAUAUUUUAGAUCGUUUUUAAAGUCCAAUCUGGCUAUGUAAUGUAUAUUUAUUAUAGACUUUAGGUACAAAAUGUAUUUUAUUGCAUUUUUUCAAAACUCGCGCAUGAACAACUUGAAAUAGAUACUUGAAUUGACCAUUUCCACAUAUCAUAUGUUUUAUUUUGUAGACUUUUUUACCAAGGUAGUGGUUUUAGCAAAUUGGGACAGGGUGUGAUCAUAUUAUUUAAGGGAAAAAGCAUUUAUUUGUCGUUUUGUAACUUAUUUUAAUAAACUUAAUGUUAUAAAUAUAGUGGCCAAUGAAAACAGUAUAAAUGUUAUAGUUGUAUAAAUGUAUAUUUGUGCCAGUUUUCUUGUGGUAGAUCAUUUUAAACAAAUAAUUUUUUGUAAAUUGUAUACAUUUUGUAAAGUUAUUUUUAUAUGUAUAUACUUCUAUUGUUAAUUUUAUUAUUGUGGCACAUUUUAAUUUAUUAUUUUAUUAAAAAUAUUUAAUUGUU